GUCCAACAUGCGGUGGUUGCUGCGAUGUUCGAGGCGAUCGACACCAACAAAGACGGCGUCCUGUCCCAAGAGGAGUUCGAGAACUUCCUCACCAGACCGGCGGAGGAGCUAGGCCACGCCGAGCCGGCGAACCAGGAAGGGCUGACGGCUUUACCGGAACCUGCAGCGAUUGCCAAGGAUGAGAAUGACAGCGAGAACGUUCCAUCCAUGCAGGCUUUGCUCGCCCAACUCGACAAUGACUACCAGGAGGAACAUGGGAUGUCGCUUUCACCGCAGCCAGCAGCGGUUGCCAAGGACGAGCUGAUCGUUGCCGCUGAGCCGGCUACAGUUCUCGAGGAUGACAAGGACAAGGAGGACGUUCCAUCCAUGCAGGCCUUGCUCGCUCAGAUCGACAAUGACAACCUCGAG